UAGCAAUUGUAAGUCACUUUGGAUAAAAAGCGUCAGCUAAAUGACAUGUAAUGUAAAGUGGAGCAUUCCACCUCUGGUAAAAACCUAAUAUUAUGGCUGCUUGAAAUGUAAGUGAGCAUAAUUAAUGUUUGUCUUGAUUAACUUCUACCGUUAGUCACUUUAAUGUGUCUUCAUCACUGUUCACUUUAUUUUCUAUGUUUUAAUGAAAGUAAAUAAAGCAACAGGAAGUGACACAAAUUUGAGUCACUUUAGAGAUUUCAACUGACAUGAAAGGAAGGAUGAGGAAGUGACACUUUGCUGUUUAGAGGAAGUUGAUACAACAUUUGUCUUUAAGAAGCAACUAGUUCAGAGACUUGAACUGAAGAAGAACAAGAAGAAGCAGAGAGAGACAGAGAGACACGAUGGCUGAAUUCAGAUGGACUAAAACCUCUUUAUUUCUGAUACUGGUGCUUCAGUUUACAGUACCAGCAACAGGACCAUUUAUCAGCUCCUCCAUUGUCAGAGUUGGAGAUGAAGUCACUUUGUCUUGUCAAAUAGACAGUCCGGUUUGUGACAGUACUCACUGGAUCUUCACUGAUUCAAGACGCACAGCAGCAGUAGAUCUGGUUCUUGAUGGGAGGAUUGUUGAAAAAGCCAAAGUUAAAUCAGACAGACUGAGUGUUACAGCGAACUGUUCUCUGGUUAUAAAGAAGGUCACAGAGGAGGAUGCUGGUCAUUAUAGAUGCUCACAGUUUAGAUCACGACAACAAGCUCUAGAGACUGUUGUUAUUCUGUCUGUUGUUACCAUGACUGAACAUCAGGACAGUGAUGAGGUGACGUUAAACUGCUCUGUGUCGACAUAUGAACGAUGUAAACACAAAGUGAAGUGGCUGUUUCAGGGUCAAGAUGUGGAUAAAUUAAAAAACCAACAGAUGAAGACAUCACAGUCUCCCUGCAACGCCUCUGUGACCUUUCCUACUUCUCAUUUUAUUUACACAUCAAGGUUUCAGCUCUUUAGGUGUGAAGUGACUGAAGGAGACAAAGUGAAGGAGUUUCCCUUCAGCCCUCAGUCCUCAGGUGAGAAACCAGAAUCAUUAACAACUGAAAGCAGCAUUAAAUCAGGAACAAAUGACUCUUCACCAAACCUACAAGGUGGGGACACAAUAACAACAACCACAGAAUCAUUAACAACUGAAAGCAGCAUUAAAGAUAUGUUGGUGUACAUCAUCGUGGCUCUGGUUUUAGUAGCACUCUUAAUAAUCAUUGUGGCUGUCAUCAGUUGGAAGAAAACGAAAGGAAACAAAACACGGAGGAACGACAAUGUUGGGCUGACCUCAAACUCUGCAACAACUCAGUUUGGUCCAGAAACCAGUCAGGACACGGCUGAUCCUGAAGGUGGUGUUUCCUACGCCUCCAUCAGCUACACCAAGAAGACCAACGGGAGAGCCCAGGUUCGGAGUAAAAAUGAUGAUGAUGCAGUGACCUACACAACCGUGAAAGCUUCCUCCGCUGAUCCCAGUGACCUCUACGCUACCAUCAACUAAUCUGUCUAAUCUGUCAUCAGAUAUUUGCUAAUCUCUGUUAAUGUUCAUGAUCAUGUUCAGCAUGGAUUAUUGUAAACAACUUCCUAUUCAGAAGGUUGUGUAGUAGGUUAACUAGUGUUGCAAUGUAGAAAGGGGAAGUAGUAGUUCAACAUGUAUAUAUGUGG